CAAAAUGUUUCUAGUACAUUUUUCAUUUUUUAGGUUAAAUUCUUAAAUAAAAUUCUAAAAAAUAAAGAUCGCUUUAAAAGUAAAUCAAAAAAUAGAAUAUCAUUUUAUUAAUAAAAUUAAUAACUGUACGAAAAUGGAUAAAGUUGAAUAACCUCAUGUGAAUGCUAAUGGACAUAUUUAUUUUUAUAGAGAAUAUGAACAUAAUGGUAUAUUUUCUAACUUUUAUGCUUCUCCUAUAGCAUUAAAAGAAAAGCAAUGGCCUACAACUGAACAUUAUUUCUAAGCUCAAAAAUUUUCAGGAACAGAAAAAGAGGAGUUAAUUAGAUUAGCUUCAACCCCAAGCGAAUCCUUCAAAUUAGGAAGACAGAGAGAUGACGAGUACCCUUUAAGAAAAGAUUGGGAGAGUGUAAAAGAUGAAGUAAUGUAUGAGGCAUUAAAAGCUAAAUUUACAUAACACAAAGAUUUAUAGAAAUUUCUGCUUAGUACAGGAGAUGCAAAGAUAAUUGAACAUACUCAGAAAGAUAAAUAUUGGGCUGAUGGAGGAGACGGUAGUGGUAAAAAUAUGCUUGGAAUAUUGCUUAUGAAUUUGAGAAAUGAACUUAAAGCGAAAUAAAAAUGAAAUUUAACUUGAAAAAGAUGAUAUUCUUUUAUUCAUUUUAAUGUUUUAAAUUCCUAAAAUGAAUAAAUAUCUUUAUAAAUUUCUAAGUCAUUUUUUUUCGAGAUUACAUUAAAUUGAAAACAUAUAUAUAAAUUUAGUAAAAUUAUAGAUAUUUAUUUACUGUAUGAAUUUAGAUAUUUUAUUUUUUAAUAAAAAUAGAGUUUUUAUAAUCAUAUUUAACUUAA